ACUCUUAACCCGUUUGACCGAAUAAGAUGAUUUCGCGACAUGCCUUUCUCAAGGGCCGGAGGAGGAUGACGCUGGUACACAGGUGCUGCUGAUGCGGGUGGGGCUCACAAACGUUCCGGGGAGGAAGAGCGAGCGUAAAGGAAGACGCCUGGCGGAAAACGGGGGGUGCGGGCUCGUGCGACGGUGCGCGCGCGCCUUGGGUAAUCCGGUGAGGUGGAGAAGCCGGCUGGUGCGCCCUCUUGUCCGGUAGACGCCUCGCUCUUUAACUCCGCGAUGUCCGGCGGAGAGGUGCGCGUUCUCCGCCGCGAGGCUGGGCAGGAGAGCCCGAGGAUGCCGGCCUGGAAACGGGAGAUCCUCGAGCGGAGGAAAGCGAAAGGUGGCGGGUCGGGCGGGGGCGCCGCGGAGACCGGCGCGGGCCCCGGGGGCGCACAUCGGGUUAACUGCGAGGCGGCGGAGAACGGCGGCGGCGGCGGCGGACCGAGCCUCGGAGACAAUGAGACGGUGUCGCCCGGGUCCAGUAGGAGUUACACCAUCACCACGGCCAGCCAGCACUUCGCCUGCAAGCGCGGCGGCGGCAACAACCUGCGGUCCUCUCCGGACCUGGAAACGAACAAAGACCCCCGCGACCCCGCGGAGAGAGCCGGGGGAGGAGACGAGGAGCAGGAGAGCCUGGUUCUGCACGACAGUUUGGGCCCUUUGCAGGAGAACCUCUUCAUCAAACUGGAGAAGGAGAGGAGACGGCGACAGGACAGGGAAGGCGCCGCCCGACCCGUUCAGCACAUCCUGGAGUUGUACGGCAGCGUCCCGGGGAUAAGGACUAUCCGGGCUGAAAAUAUCAUCAUCAUUGAAUCCGACCCGGAUUACUUCCCGGAGACCGCCGAACUAAAAACCGGGUUCACGGAAAAUGGGGUGGGCAGCGGCUCCCUUGGUGAUCUCUUGGACCGGAGGGGGAGCGCGGUGACUGAGAUAAGAGCCAAGGAGGUGGUCAUUUACGACACCGCACAGAGCAGGAGCGAGGAGAACUUGAGUACCCUGGGUCGUCCGGAUCAUGACCGGUCGUUGUACGAGACGGGCGAGGGUCAGGGUCGGGUGAGCCGGAUGCUGCAGAAGUUCGACAGCAAUUAUGGAAAGCUGCAGAAGAAAUCUCACAGCACUGAGAACCUCCUGGACCUGGAGUCCAGUGUCGGCGUCAGACCCAGACUUCGUACCAAGCCACAGCCAGAUCUGGUGCCAAAGCACAAGUUGCACUCUCAGCCGGAGUCGCUGGUCUGCGGCAUCCUCGGUAAGACCCAGUCCUCGUCAGUCUUCCAGAGCUCCCAGUCUUACAAACCAAAGCCACAACCCUCUGUCCCUGAGCUGGGCAGCCCCCAACAUGCUGCUGAGUAUCCUCAGUUAGUGUCUUCCUUCCGCCAGCGGUUUGAGGGGAGUGGGGGUCGCAGCACAGCUGUUAGUAGCAGAGACGAGGCAGACCGGGUGCAGCCCAAGUCCGUCAGAGAGAGGGACUGGGAAAGCACCGAGGUGCCCCCGAAAUCCAAGGUGCCAUGCUCUCCAGAGACACGCCGUGCCCGUGCCGACUCCCCCUCGACCUCCAUCCCCUUCAACGCAGCACUCUCCUCGUCUGAAUUCGAGAUCCGCCCUGCACCCAAACCAGACCUCUCCCAAAUCCCUGUUGGGGACACCCAGGCGCGGGCCCUUGCUAAUCUGCGCCUUCAGUCUCGUAAGUCCUUCACUGUCAUCCCAAAACGCCAUGUUGAUGAACUGUCUCCACCGGGCAGCGCAGUCUGCCCCGUCCCCAUCAAGUCUCCCCCCUCGCAGAGGGCGGCCGAGGUGCCCAAAUCAGGAGUGCCAAUCACCCAGACUCCCACACCUGCGUCAACAUCCUCGGCGAGGCCAUCAGAGGAGGAGGUGGAGAGGACAGUGAGGCCACUCAAACCUGACCCAUCUCCACUUCCACCCAUCACCACAACUAUAACACCUGCUCUUACCCCUACCCCUACCCCUUCCCUCGCCACCCUUGCCCCAACCCCUGUCUCUUCAGCUGCGCCUCCUCCAUCGUCAGCCGUCUCAGCGCCACGCGCCCCGUCCCCUCUCCCCUCCACAUCACCUGCCCCAUGUCCGGUCCCUUCUACCCCCGAUACCCCAUCCUCAGCUCCAGAGGAGCCCUCCCUGGACCGGUUGCCAGUGACCAACAUAGAUGACAUCGAGGUGGAGUCCCCCCAGCCUGCCCCUGCUCCCAGCCCUGUGGUGCAGAGGAAAAAGGGGAAUACUUUCACCGUGGUGCCUAAGGCCAAAGUUGAGUCUCAAGUCCCACCCAAGUCCCCCGAGCCUGCACAGGACGGCUCCGACGGGUCCGAGGCGGACCCAGCAGCUCCCCCGACCCCAUACGCUCAUCUUGGCUCUCUGCUGAAGAAACGCUACCCUGCUGUGGAGGACAUCGAGGUCAUCGGCGGGUACCUUUCUCUGGGCAAGUCCUGCCUCUCCAAGACCGGCUCCGCAAGAAAAAAGCUGAAGAUCUCAUUCAAUGAGUCAAGGCUCCAGAGCACCUACGAGUAUCCCUCAGAGCGCAGUAUUUGGGACAUCAGCGAGGAAGAGGAAGAGGAACAAGAGAACAGGAAACAGGAGGAGAAGGUGGCGGACGACCAGCCCAGUAUGGUGGGGCGUAUCCACAUCGUUCAUCCCAAUUUCCCCGGCUCUCCCACUCACACCACUAACAGCACGGAUCUUUCGAGCUACAUUCCCAAGAACUCCGGGGAUUUCAUUAUCCGGCAGGAACACAAAUUUGAUGACUCAGUCUACCAGGGAGACUCCAGCUCCGAGCAAACGCAGAUGUCAGAGGAAGUAAUGCUCACACCAGCAGAUAGCUCCUCCCUCUCUGACUUCAGCAGCGUGCCUGCUCUUUAUUUCUGAUUCCGUUUGGACUAAACAGCUGUACAAUAGAACCAGCUAGUACUACGUCGGUGGGGCUGGACUGUCGUCAGAACUGGACACUGCUGUACUCCAACUCAACACUCCAGCCAGUUCAAAGGACACUUCUUGACCAGGGCAAGAAAUUUAACUCCUGUAAUCCACCGGCAACAGUUGCUGGUGGAUUACAAAAGCCACCAGCCACCUUUGUUUUUAUUAUUCUACCACUGCAAUAUGAUUUUAGGUAUGAUUUCAGAAUAGACAGGAGCUAUGAUCAAUGGCUUUACCAGCUUUUUGCUGUUGGCGAGCGUUAUUUUCUUCCCACCCUGCUCCUGACACAAUCCAUUUUGUUUGACUCCAAACCUGUUAAAUUAAGCAGCGAUCACACAACCCAAAAGCAGCAGGACUGUGUUCCCCCCCCCCCCCCACCACCACCAUCUUGGGCAGUUGAUCUGUCAGCCCUCCUACCCCCUACCCCCCCCCACCCAUUCACUGACUUGCUCAUUGGCAGUGAAGUCUUAACAAUAUAUCUGACAGGAGCCAAAUUGAUUGUCCAAAUCUGGAUUUGAGACUUAUUUCCAAUGUGUUCUCCAGGCUUGAGAAACUCCAGAGGAGGGUCUCCUGCAUUCAGACAGUCUUGUCUGCCUUGAUGUCUUUCUGUAUCUUCCAGUCAGUGUCUCCAUAUUUCCCUUCAGGUUGGAGAGAUGAGAAGCAGUGGAGACCGAGUCAUUAAAACAGAAAGCCGCCAGUGCCCAUCUGUAGGUAGCGCCACGAUGACAGAGCUCAGUGUUUGCAAGGAAACGUGUCAUUCAUAAGUUCUCCAGAUAUAAGCCCUGUGGAGCACCCUGAUCGCUUAACUAGAUGGCAGACUCAUAAACAGUAAAAAUAAGAAAGAAAAAAAAAAGAAGUCUCAAUGGUGAAAGGGUGCCACAAAUGUAGUUCUUUGUCUUGUUUUUGUAUCUGCAUGUUUGGAUUUCAACCAACAACUCAGUUGUUCCUCCUUUAUGCUUCUAUAUGCCUUUUAGUUUUUCUACUUUUUUUGGCUAUCUACGCUGUAGUCAAGCAGCUGGACGUUAUAAGAAUCUAGUGAAACUAAGAGUCCAAUGGCAAGUAAACUUAAGCACAGUCCCCUUGGGAUAAAAAACUAUCUUGUAGACAUGGUAAAUUUUUUUUUAAUAUAUAAUUUAUUUGCAAAGUAUGAUUUCUGAUGAAGUGCUCAAAAGUGACCUUGGUGUGAAGUCUUCGGAAUUAAUGAAUAAUCAGCAAAUUAAGCAAAAACAUCAACGCACACUGUAGAAUGAUAGAAUGAAGUUAUAUCCUGCAUCCAGACAUUCCACUGUAAACAAACGUGACCGGGUCAUGUUAAAAUGUUUUGGUAUGGGUGAGGAGUUUGGAUGUAAGGAACCAGAAGGAUGCUUUCAGGCCGCAGAUUGUAAGGUCAGACCUCAUACUUUCACAUUCCAGAGUUAAACUGGUCCAUUUGGGUAACGAAGGAAACACUGAUUACGGUCAUUCAUACUACUGCAUGUUGGUGUGUGUGAAUGCUGGAUUGUCUGUGUGUGUAUGUGGGUUUGAAAGAUUUCUUAAAUUUAUGUAAAAAAAAAUUUUUUUUUCCAGAUUUUUUUGUAUACAAGUAGCUCCAAAAUUUUGUUUUUCUACUCAUGAUUGCCAAUUCCAGUGUUGCUUCAGUAGCCCUGUUGAUUUAUUACUAAUAGAAUCAAUCAACAAAUAUUGAAACUAUACAUCGAUCGAUGUAUAGUUUCAAUAUUUGUUAAUUAAUUCUAUUAUUGUCUCCAAUCAAACAAUUAUGUUAAGCUGUCUCAUCAAGAUAGGACUGUGCUAUGAGGGGAUUUAAUGCUCUAUUUAUAUGAGAUAACGUUUAAAAAACCGGAUCAUUGAUCCAGCCCAUGCAGCUCACAACAGCCAUGCCCAUCACCGUCAACGACUUCGUUGGAGGAUCAAAUCUGCAAGGAAGUCGUAGACUCUUUGUGGAAAUCUUCCUACUUUUGAUGGUCACUGUCUUUCAAAAGAAGGAGAAAGGAAGAAGAAAAAAAAAGCCAGGGACCAAAGAGGCAGAGUUAAAUGCAUGAUUUCUUCUGCAGUGUGCACAGGGUAGGCAAAGCGAACUGUCCUCUUCUCAGUUGAACCUUGGAAUCCGCAGUAUUAUGUCUGUUUGUGUAUCUCAUCCUGUUGCAACUGUGGUAGCGCUAUCUCGUACUCCUUUUCCUCGUCUGUAAAUCUGCACCACAAGAGAUGUGCUUAGGGUAUAAAUGUACUUUUUAAUGAUUUUGGUGAUGUCAUACUUUUAAAAAUUAAAACUGAAUAAAGAUGAGACUUGAA